GGGACGCCGUCCGACGUCGGCGGUGAGGAGCAGCCCUCCGAAAGCCUGCCAGGGCACUCUAGAGUCCCCUGACUGGCCAGCGACAGUGCUGUCCGGUGAAGGCCAACCAAUUUGUUUGAAGAAGCUUUGUGCGCCUGGUUUUGGGUUUUCUAAUCCAGUCUGCGGAGAAUUUCGAAGUCUGAAUAAUAGCAACUGUAUUUGUUUCUAAAGGGUUUGCCCUUAACCCAGCAUUGCAAAUCAUAAUGAAGAACCAAGACAAAAAGAAUGGACCUGCCAAACAGUCCAGCUCAAAAAGCAGCCCGGGUCAACCGGAAGCGGGACCAGAGAAAACCCAGGGACGGCCCAGCCAGGCGGCUCCUGCGACAGAAGCUGAAGGUUCCGCCAUCCAGGCUCCUGGGAAGACGGAGGGUGCUCAAGCUAAAACAGCUCAGUCUGGGGCCCUCCGUGAUGUUUCUGAGGAGCUGAGCCGCCAGUUGGAAGACAUACUGAGUACAUAUUGUGUGGACAAUAAUCAGGGGGGCUCUGGUGAGGACGGAGCACAGGGUGAGCCCUCUGAACCCAAAGAUGCAGAGAAGUCCCGAACCUUUGUGGCAAGAAACGGGGAGCCUGAGCCAGUGACUCCAGUAGUCAACGGUGAGAAGGAGACCUCUAAGGGGGAGCCAGGCACAGAAGAGAUCCGGACAAGUGAUGAGGUUGGAGACCGGGACCAUCGAAGGCCACAGGAAAAGAAGAAAGCCAAGGGUUUGGGGAAGGAGAUCACAUUGCUGAUGCAAACACUGAACACGCUGAGUACCCCAGAGGAGAAGCUGGCAGCACUGUGCAAGAAGUAUGCUGAACUGCUGGAGGAGCACCGGAAUUCACAGAAGCAGAUGAAGCUCCUGCAGAAGAAGCAGAGCCAGCUGGUUCAGGAGAAGGAUCACCUGCGAGGCGAGCACAGCAAGGCUGUUCUGGCCCGCAGUAAACUGGAGAGCCUGUGCCGAGAGCUGCAGCGGCACAACCGGUCACUCAAGGAAGAAGGCGUGCAGCGGGCCCGGGAGGAGGAGGAGAAGCGCAAAGAGGUGACCUCACACUUCCAGGUGACACUGAAUGACAUUCAACUACAGAUGGAGCAGCAUAAUGAACGCAACUCCAAGUUGCGCCAAGAGAAUAUGGAGCUGGCUGAGAGGCUCAAGAAGCUGAUUGAGCAAUAUGAGCUACGUGAAGAGCAUAUCGACAAAGUCUUCAAACAUAAGGACCUACAGCAGCAGCUGGUGGAUGCCAAGCUCCAGCAGGCCCAGGAGAUGCUGAAGGAGGCAGAGGAGCGGCACCAGCGGGAAAAGGACUUUCUCCUGAAAGAGGCAGUGGAGUCCCAAAGGAUGUGCGAGCUGAUGAAGCAGCAGGAGACCCACCUGAAGCAGCAGCUGGCCCUGUACACAGAGAAGUUUGAGGAGUUCCAGAACACUCUUUCCAAAAGCAGCGAGGUAUUCACCACAUUCAAACAGGAGAUGGAAAAGAUGACUAAGAAGAUCAAGAAGCUUGAGAAAGAAACCACCAUGUACCGGUCUCGGUGGGAGAGCAGCAACAAGGCCCUGCUUGAAAUGGCUGAAGAGAAAACACUCCGGGACAAAGAGCUAGAAGGCCUGCAGGUAAAAAUCCAACGGCUGGAGAAGCUGUGCCGGGCGCUGCAGACAGAGCGCAAUGACCUGAACAAGAGGGUACAGGACCUGAGUGCUGGUGGUCAAGGCCCUCUCACUGACAAUGGCCCUGAGCAGAAGCCGGAGGCUGCUUCUGUCUCCAAGGAGCAGGGUGGUGAGGGGCCUGGGGCUCAAGCACCCAGCUCCCCAAGUUUCACAGAAGCUUCUGGCUGCCCAGGAGCUCAAAGCACAGAAGCUUUAGGCCAAACAGGGCCCCAGGAGCCCGCCUCUGCCACUGCCACUGCCUAGAGAUCCUGGUGCUUGGGGCGUGCUGGGAAGGGAGCAGCAGCCCAGCCAGGCCUGGCCCAUACAGCUCCCAUGCUGAGCAGCCCAGUGCUGAGGCCAGGAUGUUUGGCAUCUGGCACUUUGCAGUUUUGGAUUUUGUGGGUCAGUUUAACAUACAUGGGGCAUAUGUGCAAGGCCUCAUACAGUUACAUCUGUAAGUGUACAGUGGGCUUGCACUGAGGGUGGGUGUACAGAUGAAGUCAGUGGCUCCUCUGUGAGCUGAAGUCUUACAGAAGAGGUGUCAUCUAUAGCUGCUAUCACAGUGAGCUAGCAGGUCAAGUGACUUGAGUAUUUACUUGCCUGAUUUGGAACUUAUACCCCUCCCAGCCCUUCAGAGCUCAUGACAAGUAAUACACCCAGGCCUGGACUCUAUUUUUUGUGAGCAGGACUGGGACAGUUCAUGCUCUUUUAGCUUCCCUGGAGGCUUCAUUGCUUCUCUUGGCCUGAGAACAAUGACUGGGCAGAGCUUUGAGGUAGUACUUGAUGCUGAUGGUUGAGCUGCUUUCCUGCCUAGGACAAGGAACCUGGAGGCUGUUUCUGUAUGGGAUGAUAUGAUGACCAGGAGCCCUUUGGGCACCACUUCCCCUGCCCUCUGGUAGUACCAGGACCAGGCCAAUGUUGCUUCUCAGUAGCCUUAUCAUUCACAGGUGCCUCUCUAGCCUGCACAAAUGAUUGACAAGAGAUCACCCAAAGGAUUCUUUCUGAAGGUUUUAGUUUUGCAUGUGACAGUUCAUAUUGAGGAUCUUCUAAGAAAGGAAGAGGGGUGCUAUAGCAGUGGUCCCAGGUGCCUGGCCUCCAGUGCCCUACCCCUCACCAACUCAGCUGGCUCCUCUGCCAUGCUAGUGCUGAGGUUUCCUAUUUGGGAACAUCAGAUUAUUAAGAGAAAAGAAAGGGCUUCUGAUGGUUUUGGCAUCAAGCUUGCCUAUAUGUUUCAAUCCUGGGAGGCCACUACUGGUUCCCAUCACCACCAUCACCAUGCAUUUUUCUGGGCCCCAGGUCCAGAUGCCCCCUUAGCUUUAUGGGUCUGUUUUUGAUUCUUUCCCACCCCCACCCAAAUGGGCAGUCCUUGAGAUUUUUCCCAGGUGACUACUUUGCCCAAAAAACAAGUUCUCCUUGGGAAUCCACUUCUAAUGUUGAAGCUCCCAGGCAGGGCGCUGAAAGGUAAAGAAUGAAUUUCAACUAUAGACUUGGCCCAGGAAAUCCACAAAGUGACUCCAGCAUUUGUGUUGCCCAUCCCAUCACUCCCUUCUACAUACUAUGUUUUAUAUUUUAUGUUUAGCAGCUCUGUAUGCUAAAAGUUCUGGUUUCACACUUGCCAUAGUUUUGGCCAGUCUGCACAGAGUAAUUUUCUGGGGCAACAGGAUGAGUUUUGGAAGCAAGCCUGUGCUGGGCUAGAGGUACAGCCCCAUCUAUAGCUGAGCCUCAGCUUCAGCAAGCUCAGGGAGCCACAAACCAAGCUAUGGUGGGUGGGGUUUUGCUUUUGUUGAACUAGCUCAUUGUCCUGCAAGUCCCUUUAUCUCCCACAACUCACCCUUAAAUUCCCCAGAUAAAUAGGUUCACGAAGAAUGUUAUGGAUUGUGUUGUGACUUAGACCAGAAAUGGCAAACUGAUUCCCUCCACUCCCUUGUCCCAGGCAGGUGUCACUGAUCUGCUUUAGAGGGCUUUCUGUUAGCCUGGUAUAUCCUUAACUCAAGAUACCCCAGCAGCAGUUUGAAUGUUGGGACUUCUUUGCCAUGCCUGGUUGAGAUCCGCACUCCUGUGUAUUUCUUCCCUUCUUCCAAAUCCCUGUAUCUGGCAUGAUCCCUGCCUCUUUCCUGCUCCGGUAAAGCCGCCUUCCUCCUCCUGUUUCUGUGCCAGAUGGAGGUACACAAACUGUUAACUCCACAGGAUUUGCCAGAUCAUAGAGAUGCAGGGAGGAGGCAGAGAGAUCUGCCUGCCCCUUUGGAGAAAGUGGAAAAGCCUACAAUGACUCGUAAUUGUCUGCCUCGCUUCAGCUACCUCUUAAAGCCCAUGGGGAGUUGGGGCUAUUGGAUCCCAGUGUGUGGGAUGGGAGGCUACAGUGCUCAGGUGGCCUAAGACCAGGUGCAACCUUGCUCUAGCUUCAUCCAUUUCUAGGCACCCAGACCCAUCUAUAAAUGGGAGUCUUUCUCUUCCUGUCCAUUGACCGAAUCUUACCAAUCACUACAGCUGCUCUGCUUUCCAAAGUCCGCCCAGGAUCCUGGGCCAGAUGCAGGGGAGGUGGCCUAUCUGUGAGUGAGGGCCAGUGCCUUCCUCACCCAGGUGAGUCCCAUACACAUGACCUCAGUUUUAGGACCAAUAGCUGUGUUGGUUUCUUAGAUUGUUAGCUUUUCCUCCAGGGGACCACAGUAGGUAAGGCUCAGAGCCCAGGGACCUUGGCUCUGCCAACAGUUAACUUGUAUUUAGGACCUUGUUCAGUUGAUAGCUUCAUGCACACCGUGUCCGCAGCACUUUUUGUCUUAUUUUCCAUGAGGUUUUUGGACCAUGGGCUGAGCUCAGGCACUUUCUGUAAGAAUGUUAUUUCUGUAAAGAUGGUUAUUUAACCCUCUUCCACCCCCAUUGUGGUGGCCCUGCUGAGUGCUGCCCCAGCACUCCCACCUUGCACAGUACAGAGGUGGUCAUCCUGGACAGCCAAGCACCUGCCUGCCCCUCUUUGCCCUGCUUGGGAGUGGAGGGCUGCUUCUGUCCCUGUAACUUACCACCCAACCUGGCCACCCAGACUUGUUUGAAACUGUGCUGAUAGCUUUUUUUGUCCCCUUUUGGUAUUCACAACAGCCAGGGACUUGAUAUUGAUGUAUUUUACACCACAUUAAAUAAAGAGUCUGUUGCCUUACUUGUUUUGCUCCUGACCUGUGUGGUCAUUUGAUACUUUUGAAUCCAUUCAGUCUCCUCCAUUGUCACUGGCUUCUGUGGAUCUGCUACAAAGUGGCCAUGACUGUACCCUGACAUCCUGCAUCUUCCAGAAUAAUCUGCCUUCCAGUAGUCACCACAAGCUCAAGACAUUGACUGACUUGGCAUGUUUGGCAAGGUGCUUACAAACAUAAGAGUGUCAGAGGAUUUCUUUCACUAAAAAAAAAAAAAAAAAA